AAGUUCAAUUUGAAUAUAUUUGAGACUUUUAAUGCUACAAAAAAGGAGAUUUGUCAGAAAUGGCAAAGUUAUGAAAGGUAUGAGACUAAACUGUAACCGUUAAAAAAUCACGAGAUGCAAUGUGAGUGAUUAAUCUUUGUACAUAAUUUUAAUAGUUGUCUCAUAAAAUCGUUAUUUAUGUUCAUCACCUGCAAUUAAUAACCGCCAUUGUACAGUAAAUUAUUCCCAAAUCACUCCAAAUGUAUUUCACAAAGAUGGUGCCACGAUCAACAGUGUUUUUAUUUGUUUACAUUUCUUUUGGUCUGGUACUGACUGAAUCAAGAAGAGCUGGAUUUAAAAAUGUGAUUACCAAGUUGUUUGAAGAGCCUUUAAAUGAUGAUAAUGAAGGCUUGAAACCUCUGCGAUCACAAUUGUGUCCAAGAAGAUGCAAAUUAAAAUCAGCUGAUGACCCGAACCAAUUCGCCACAAUUGUUGCCUCUCUUUAUGGUCCAAGAGCGGUUCCUUAUUCCCUUGACUCCAGUUCUCCAUCUAAUGUCAAUCGAACCUAUGAUUACAUUAUUGUUGGUGCAGGCUCAGCUGGGUCAACACUGGCCGCAAGACUAACCGAGGAUCGAAAUGUUCGUGUGUUGAUUAUUGAAGCUGGUAGUAAGGAAAGCAUCUUUAGCAAUGUACCCAGGUUUGCUCUUAAGCUGGUGGGAUCUCAAAUGGAUUGGGCUUAUGAAUCUGUACCUCAAGCUCGUUCUUCAUUCGGCCUUAAUGGUCGUAAAAUUCCAGCUUAUCGUGGUAAAGUGAUUGGUGGCACUUCGGGUAUAAACUUUAUGUUAAAUGUGAGAGGAAACAAGCGAGAUUAUGAUCGAUGGGAACAAUUAGGUGCAACAGGUUGGAAUUACUCUUCUGUUUCUCCGUACUUCAUCAAAAUGGAGGAUUCAAGAGACCCACAGGGUGAUCCAGGUUAUCAUGGUACAAGUGGACCUUUGACUAUUUCACCGGUUACUGAGCUGUUUCCAGUUGAUCGAGCAUUUUUAAGAGGAUGUCAUCAAUACGGUCUGGACCUUGGUGAUUUCAAUGGUGAAAAUCAAUUGCGAUUUAGACAUCCAACUUUUACAAUAAGAGAUGGAGGUCGAUGUUCAACCGGUCGUGCCUAUUUAGGUCCGACAUCGUCUCGUUCCAAUCUUGAGGUUAUUUUGAAUUCUAAAGUUGAUAAAGUGUUGUUUGAUAAAAAUAAACAAGCCAUUGGAGUUCAGUUUUACAACAAUGACAUGACUUACCAAGUAUUUGUCCGAAGAGAAGUUAUAUUGUCAGCUGGAGUUUUCAAUACACCUCAAAUACUGAUGCUUUCUGGUAUUGGACCGAGAAAACAAUUGAAUGGACUUGGCAUUCCAGUCAUUUAUGAUUCUCCUGGUGUUGGCGUUGGCUUGCAAGAUCAUCCAUUUACCUUUAUAAUGUUUACAACUCGUUAUGGGACAAGUUAUGUUGCUGGACGAGCUGACAAUCAAGACGACUUGCAACAGUACCUUUUUGAUCGAAGUGGACCAUUAACUUCGCCUGGAUUAAAUGUUGCUGGAUUUUGGCGGUCAAAAUUUGCCAGAGAUUCUAGACCUGAUGUUUUGAUACAUGAAUUUGGUUACAUCUUACAAAAGCCAGCUUCAGAUGGUGCUUUGAAUAUCAGGCAAGAUAUUUUAUCAGAAUACUUGCCACCAGAAAAUAGUGAUGGAGUGAUGUAUGCUGUUGCUUUGAAUAGACCUCAAAGUCAUGGUACGGUUAGACUGGCUUCAGCCGAUCCAAGAGAUCCACCUUUAAUUGAUUUCAACCUGUUCUCCAAUAGUCGAGAUAUUGAUGUCAUGGUUGAAGGUUGUAAAUUGAUUCUUGGUAUUGCCAAAACACCAGCCAUGCAGUCUGUUACACCUAAGCGUUUAAACUCAACUCUAGGUGAAUGUUCACAGUUCCCAUUGGACUCUGAUCCAUACCUUAGAUGUUUGAUUCAAACACUUACUUUUACUCUAUGGCAUUCAACAAGUACAGCUAAAAUGGGCUCUGCUAAUGAUAUCAUGUCUGUAGUCGAUCCUUAUCUACGUGUUUAUGGUGUCAAAAAGUUGAGGGUUGUUGAUGCCUCAGUAAUGCCCGAAGUGUCGUCUGGAAAUACAAAUAUACCCGUUAUAGUUAUCGCUGAGAGAGCAGCUGAUAUAAUUAAAGGACGAGUAUUGAGACCAUGCAAACUACCUUUUACGGAUGAAGAACAAAUUUUAUCGGAUUAUGUUUCGAUUUGAUUCUAAACAUGUCAUUAGCCACCAAUUGAAACAAUGGUUGCUAUUUUUUACAAUUUAAACCCGUUUCUGGUUAAAUUGACUAGAAAUGCAUAAAAUUGACUAUUAUCUUAUUUAACCCCGAAAUAAAUUAUUGUUUGCUCAAAC